UUUGCCGUUUAAAUUAUGGCUUUAUCGUUUUUACGCACUAGCGUAAUAGCGAGACAUGUAAAAAAGCAGUUUUACCAGAGUACGCGAAAUGCGGGAUACGUUGUUUUGAUUCCUGAAAUAGGUGAAGAUGGAGAUCAAAAUUUGCUUCUUACAGAAACAGGCCUCCCAGAAUUUAAUGCCAUUACGAUUGAAAAAUGUAUAGCUGCUGUCAGUAAGCAAAGUUUAGAGUAUGAAAAUGGCGUGGGUCAGAUAGAACAAUCUGCUUUCAACAGCAAAAAUGCUUUCAAUGAUGUUUUCAAACCUUUAGAAAAGCUAGACAGUCAACUUGAGUUAACAUGGGGUGUAGCCAAAACUUUGUACCUGGGUAACAGUUCACUAAUGCCCACAAAGUCAUACAUUCAGAUCCAUGAAAGAGCACAUAAAGCUAGAUGUACUAAGUUCCACAGUGUCCCCAUCUUCAAAGCUGCUGUAGAUGAAAAAAAUCGUAUGAAAAAACUCACAGAUGAAGAACAAAGGCUAUUAGACAAAUAUAUUUUGGAAGGCAAGCUAAAUGGACUUGAUAUUAAAGGUAUCAAAAAGGACAGACUUAACACUAACUUAGCUGCAUUGCAGAAGGAGAGGCAAACCUUCCGCGAGAAAGUGAAUGUUGCCACUAAAGUCUUCACCAGCACUAUAGACAACAGUCAGUUCAUGAGAGAGUUCCCUGCAAGCUUGGCUAAAGCCAUGUCAGUAAACAAUGAUGCUAGUAAAGGUCCUUGGAAAGUCUCUUUACAGCCACACAUUUAUGAACCAUUCAUGCAGUAUUGCCCUGACAGAGACUUGCGGUGGAAUGCGUGGCAGGCUCAGAUUCAACGAUGCUCAGGAUAUGGCAACAAGGAUCUUGAAACAAGCACAAACUUGGAGAAAAUCAGAAGUCUAAGACAUGAACAAGCCCAGAUAUUGGGUUUUGACACAUUUGUGGACAUGAGCAUGGAGACCAAAAUGGCAGGAUCUAUGGAGAAUGUUACCAAUAUUCUUGAAAGUUUACUGGAGUUUGCGCGCCCCAUGCAAGAUGUUGAAUUAGAAGUGUUGCAACAAUUUGCCCAAGAGAGAGGUUUUGAUGACAAACUGGAACUUUGGGAUAUUCCAUACUGGCAAAGAAAGCAAAAGUGGUCACUUUACAACUUUGAUGAAAAUAAAAUUCGUGAAUAUUUCCCCUUGCCAAAAAUAAUCAAUAGCCUAUUUAACUUGUGUAGCACUUUAUUCAAAAUUGAGAUUGUUGAACGUCCAAAUGUGCACACAUGGCACAAAGAUGUGAAGUUUUAUGAUGUAUUUGAUGAAUCUAGCAACAAUCCGAUUGCUGGAUUUUAUCUCGAUCCUUACGCGCGUGUUGACGAAAAGAUUCGCGUUUACGAUGAUGCAGGAUGGCACAUUUCCAUGAGGAACAAAUGCACUUCUGCAGGGACACAGCCGUUGUCUGCAUUGAUCUUCAAUUUCCAAGCUCCAACUGAAGGAGUUCCUUCCUUAUUAACCUUCACUGAUGUUAGACAUCUAUUCAACAGAUUUGGGCACUCUUUGCGCCAUCUGUUAACAAAAGCAAACUAUUCUGAAGUGGCUGGACUUUCAAAUGUUGAGUGGGACGCUGCAGAGGUAUGCGGUCAGGUAAUGGUGCACUGGCUUUAUGAUCCUCACACUAUACAAGCAGUAAGUGGUCACUACAAAACGCAAGAACCACUACCAGAAGAAAUAGUGAAGCAUUUGCGAAAUGUAAGGCGACAUAUGUCUGGAUACCAUUUGUCCAAGGAAUUAUACUUGUCACGACUAGACUUUGAAUUACAUUCUACAAAAAAGUUUUGGAGAGACAUUGUGAGGGAACUAUGGCCAAAAUACCACACAUUGCCAUUUGACAAAUUUGACUCACAUCCGCUUUCGUUCACUAAAAUUUUUUCUGAAGAAUGGGGAGCCGCAUAUUACUGCCAUUUAUGGUCCAAGAUGAUCGCGGCCGACAUUUACAGUGCAUUUGAAGAGGCUAGACAGGGAAAUGAAGAUAUUCUUGCUGUUGGCAAGAGAUAUAAAGACACGUUCUUGGCAUAUGGCGGCAGUUGUCACCCUAGUGAGGUUUUCAGGAGGUUCCGCGGUAGAGAUCCCUCACCACAGGCCCUUAUACACGAUCUUGGAUUAUCGAAAAAAAUAGUAAUAUUAGAAGAAUGAAAUGGAAAUUCAAUUAUAAAUGUACUAUUA